CAGACGCAAAUUGGCGAACUGACGCAUCAGGACGUUCCGAGGCGGCGCUGUAACUCGCAUUGCUGCAUUUUGCGGCUAUCGUUGCGGUAGGAGUAUGUGGGCACAGUGUCUGUCCCGGUUGUCGGUUCGUUUGUACCGACCGGGGAAAUGCCUCAUUAAGAACCAAUUGUAUUGGCGGCGCCAUAUGCCCUUGAAGCCAGAGGGCCGGACGGCUUUCACGUGGGACUCCGGGAUCAGGCCGCUGUGCUCAGCCGGGAGCAGGGUGAGUGACCCUAUCAGCGAAGCGGAGCAACGCGAAGCCCACUCACAUGGUAGCGCGUUUACUGAGGAUCCUUCCGCCAACCCUGAUGGAGAGGCGGAAGUGGUUUGUACAGAAGAUUUGCUUCCCAGUUUUGACAUUGAAACCCUGGUCGGCUUGCUGAGGCAGGAGAACGCCAAAGACCUGUGCGUGAUACGCGUCCCCCCAGAACUCAAGUACACGGACCAUUUUGUGGUGGUCAGUGGAUUCUCUACGCGGCACAUCCAAGCCAUGGCGCAGUAUGCUUUGAAAGUGUAUAAAUACCUGAAAAGGGAGGACGAGCCACACGUUCAGAUAGAAGGUGCGGACACGGAUGACUGGAUGUGCAUAGAUUUUGGUAACAUUGUUGUGCAUUUUAUGCUGCCAGAAACCAGAGAAAAAUAUGAACUGGAGAAACUAUGGACUUUGCGCUCAUAUGAUGAUCAGUUGUCACAGAUUGCCCCGGAGGUCUUACCUUCUGACUUUACUUUUGGACUUCAGUCACACAAAGAUGGAAUCCUAGGAGUGUGAGCCAUGUUGGUUUAAUGGAUGGAUAAAGUAAAUGUACUUCUUGCAUAUCGGUGUCCGUGAUAGAAGCACAAGGGAGUCCUGUUUAAAUCUUGUUCGAACACGUGGUACCUGGUGAGAGAGAGGUGCAGCAAGUUCCACGUUAUAGCACUAGUGUGUUUUCUCACUGGAAGCAGCUUUCCAUGUCUGUAAAAUGUAAAAACCUAUUACAUACGAGGAAAAGAUUCACAACCAAUAUUGUAUAUCUGAUCAAUUGUAUUUUCUAUAAAACAUUCAAGUACAAAGACAAUAA